UCCCUUAUCUCGCUUUUAACCUCUCCUUUGUCGUUUUCUUUGCAAUCUUAACAAUAAAGGAAGGUCUCAAGCAAUAGGACCCUUCUAAUCCCCAUAAUCACUUUUGCCCUUUCCUCUGUCAUUGGAAACGAAGGUUAUGGCUUCUCCCUCGUUCUUUUUUGCUAUCUUUCUGUUGCUUCUCUCUACGGUUCACCCAAAGGUGAUUGCUGUGGAGCAACUUUCAGACGUCAAGCUUAACUCUCGGAUCCUUCAGGAUUCAAUUGUAAAACAAGUAAAUCAAAACCCCAAGGCUGGAUGGGAAGCUGCACUGAAUCCUAGAUUUUCUAAUUACACCAUUGGUGAGUUUAAGCACCUUCUUGGAGUAAAACCAACACCUAAGAAAGAACUUUUGGGCGUUCCUAUUUUAACUCAUGACAAAUCCUUGAAGUUGCCAACUUCUUUUGAUGCUAGAACAGCUUGGCCACAAUGUACCUCGAUUGGAAGAAUUCUCGAUCAGGGUCACUGUGGUUCUUGCUGGGCUUUUGGAGCUGUUGAAUCACUAUCUGAUCGGUUCUGUAUCCAUUUUGACAUGAACAUAUCUCUGUCUGUUAAUGAUCUUCUUGCAUGCUGUGGCUUUCUAUGUGGAGAUGGUUGUGAUGGAGGGUAUCCAAUCUCUGCAUGGAGAUACUUUGUACGCAGUGGUGUUGUCACUGAAGAGUGUGAUCCAUACUUUGAUGAUAUUGGUUGUUCUCACCCUGGUUGCGAGCCUGCAUUUCCGACUCCCAAAUGUGUGAGAAAGUGUGUUAAGGGAAACCUUCUCUGGAAGCAGUCAAAACACUAUAGCGUCGGUGCGUAUAGGAUCAAAUCAAAUCCUGCUGAUAUCAUGGCUGAGGUUUAUAAGAAUGGACCGGUUGAGGUCUCCUUCACCGUUUAUGAGGAUUUUGCUCACUACAAGUCGGGAGUUUACAAACAUUUGACUGGCGAUGUUAUGGGAGGCCAUGCAGUUAAGCUGAUCGGGUGGGGAACUUCAGAUGAUGGAGAGGAUUACUGGCUUCUUGCAAACCAAUGGAAUAGAGGCUGGGGUGAUGAUGGUUACUUCAAGAUCAAAAGGGGUGUAGACGAGUGCGGUAUCGAAUCCGAUGUCGUAGCCGGAUUGCCUUCCACCAAAAACCUUGUUCGACAGGUUACAGAUACAGGAAUUGUCGAAGAUGCUUCAUUCUAAGAGAAGAUCAUCUAGACAGGCUUACCUAAUAUCAUAGUUUAUCAAUGAAGGAACUGUUAUCGUUGUUUCCAUUUCAAGUUUCAAAUGUUACGCUUCGCAUUGCAAGAACUUCAGCCUGUAUAUAAUUCAUAUGUUCUGCUUCGUAGUAUGGAUAAUGUAAUGCAACCAUUCUGACAAAUUACCACUUCGAUUUAGCUUUAUAA